AAGCAGAAAUCAGGAUAAUUAUCUUAAUUCUAAUCCAAACCUUCUUUACAGGAACAAACAUUACAAACAACAAUGAGUUGAGGAUCGUGAUGGUGGGGAAGACUGGGAUUGGGAAGAGCGCUACUGGAAACACUAUUCUGGGUCGAGAGUGCUUUGAAUCCAAAUGCAGCGCCAAAUCCCUGACUGUUGACUGCUCCAAAGGCUCCAGUAAUGUGGAUGGACAGCAGGUUGCUGUCAUUGAUACUCCAGGUCUGUUUGACACCAGGUGUGGAGAAGAUAAAACAAAAAAAGAUCUGAGUCAGUGCGUCUUUUAUGCUGCUCCUGGACCCCACAUCUUCCUGGUGGUUGUUCCAGUCGGCAGAUUCACAGAAGAAGAAAAACAAUCGGUGCAAAAGAUUCAAGAACUCUUUGGAGAGGCAGCAGACAGAUACAGCAUGGUUCUGUUUACCCGUGGAGAUGAGCUUGAUUCCACCAUUGAAGAUUAUUUGUGUAAAAGCCCAGAGCUGCAGGAUCUGGUGUCCAAGUGUAAUGACCAGUAUCAUGUCUUCAACAAUAAGAUGAAGGAUAAGAAACCUCAGGUCACUGAGCUGCUGAAGAAGAUCAGAACCAUUGUUGACAAGAAUGGAGGAAGUCACUACACCAAUGAGAUGUUCCAAGAGGCUGAGAGGAAAAUCGAAGAGAAGAAACAAAGAAUCCUGAAGGAGAAAGAAGAAGAAAUACGUAAAGAGAAAGAAGAACUGGAGAGAAAAAUAAAAGAAAAGUAUGAGAAAGAGAUUCAGAAAUUGAUUGAGCUACUCCAGCAUUUCCAGAUUGAGAGAGAGACAGAGAGAAAGGAGAGAAUGACAGAGAGAGAGGCAGAGAGAAAGGAGAGAGUGGCAGAGAGAGAGGCAGAGAGAAAGGAGAGAAUGACAGAAAGAGAGGCAGAGAGAAAGGAGAGAGAGGCAGAGAGAAAGGAGAGAAUGGAAGAGAGGAUGUGGAAGAAUGAUAAGAGAGAGAAGGAGCUUGAAACCCUGAAAAAAGAACUGAAGGAAAAGCAGAAGAGAGAAAUUCAAGCAGAGAAAGCCAGGCUGCAGUCAAACUAUGAAUCUGAAGCCAGAGAAAAAGCUGAACAAAAUAAUAGUUCACAUUGUUCAGUUUGUUAA